AUGUUGACUCAUUCCAUACUCCUCGCGCUGGUACUGACCUUAGCCUCUUCGGCAUUGGCCUACGAUGCCACCACAUGCUGCACUCACGCGCGGGACAAUCAUGCAUUUACGAACACACUCCCGUCGGGUCUUCAACCAAUCUGCAACCAGACCUAUGCGGAGGAUAUACCUGGUGCACCAGCCUUGAUGAUCACUUACGAUUAUUGCACCAACAGCUGCCCUGGCAUCGGUAUUGCUUCGUUGGUGAAACAGCCAGCUGUAUGGCUGAUGCCAGUCUUCCAUUUCAUCUUCCCGACAGUCAUCUUCAGCAUGAUUGUGCCACGACGGAAGAAUCUAGAUGCGAGCUGGCUACUGGAAGUAUCGCUCUCUUCGCUACAAUGGGGUCCGGCCUGGCUUCUGCGGAAACUCGUACGAACAUUUCUUUCUAUCUUUUGCCUGAUAGUCAUCGUGGUAGACAACGCUAUCUGGGUAGCAGUGAUCGUCGUCACAGCUGCUCAGAUGCUCAUAGAGGGUCUUUAUGAGGCGCAAUUGGACCACAACAUUCUUCAGGCGAUCCCAUUGGCGGAUCCUAAGGACCAAAAAGUCGAGCUCAUGAUAACAAUCGUCUCGGGCAAUCUAAGACUGACCCCUGGGGAGUCGAACCCUCAACGAGCUAUUGCCAACGCCCUACAUAAUCAAAAACCCCGACUGAAGCUGAGACUGCAGCAGCCCUUUCACAAACUUCUGCCAGGCUAA